AUGACAAUUUUGAGAAUUUGGGAUGAAGCUGUGGCUUGUUGCCUAGCAGAACCACUUCAAAAGUCUGAAACAUUCAUGAGUGGACUUCAUUUGGAUAUCAACAAACGUUCAUAUAAUCAUGUCCCGGGAGAAUGUGGAGUGAUCCCAAACCUACCUGGAAUCAUAUCGCUUACAACUAGCACUAGUGGAAGGUUGUACAUGACAACUAACUCAAAAGAUGGAUUAUCAGAUAACACCCACGUGUUUACCUUCUAUUCUGAUAACCGUACUGCACGUGAGAUUGAAAUCCGUGGAGCACCCACAAAAUGGAAAUUAAAACCGGGAGCAAUAAGUGUAGCUUCUGAACCAAAUAAUCCAAAGAUUUUUGUGGUGAAUCGUAGAACUGGAAGUGUGGAUAUUUUCGAGACAAAUAAUCAGAAUGAUAUGUGGAACUACCACAAAUCGUUGAAGAAUGAGAAAUUUGAAGGAAUCCUGGACCUCUCUGCAUCAAGCCCUAACUCCUUCUACUAUAUCAAAUCUAGCAUUUUUGGAGAUAUAUUUGCAUUGAAUCUAUUUGAAAGGUAUUUAUUGCAUGCAAUGGAUGCCAUGUCAUCAUCUCCUUCAAUGGUUUUUCGUGUUGUUGUGCCAGCGGAUGAAAACAAAGAAUUAAUCAUAACUCAGCUAUACUCAAACGAUGGAGCCACUAUCUCCCAAGCAAACAUGACUGUAAGAGCUGGAAGGAGUCUGUUGAUUUCCAAUGGAAACAAAAUUCUUAACUGUCAUUUGUAA